CCCCGGACGUGAGUGGUUUACUCCAAAAUUUGCGGAGAAAAAAAUGUAUUAAUAAAUUUGCGAUUCGCUGGAAAUAAGUGCAAUACAUUAGGAAAUUGCGUGUAAUAACACCACGAUUAAAAUGCGGCGCUUGUGUUGGUUGGCGUUUUUGAUAAUUUUGCCAUUGGCAAAUACCACACCGCCUAUAAGCUUCGAAGCCAAUCCGGAUACUAAGCGGCUAUAUGAUGAUCUCUUGAGUAAUUAUAAUCGCCUUAUUAGGCCGGUUGUAAAUAAUACCGAGACUCUUACCGUGUGGUUGGGCCUCAAGUUAUCGCAACUGAUCGAGGUGAAUCUGAAGAAUCAGGUGAUGACAACCAAUCUGUGGGUCAAGCAGCGCUGGUUCGAUUAUAAGUUGCGCUGGGAUCCAGAAGAGUACGGUGGUGUGGAGCAGUUAUAUGUGCCCUCUGAGCACAUUUGGGUGCCCGACAUUGUGCUCUACAAUAACUGGGAUGGCAACUAUGAGGUAACUCUCAUGACGAAGGCCACUCUGAAGUACACUGGCGAAGUGUUCUGGGAGCCACCGGCGAUUUACAAGUCAUCCUGUGAAAUGAAUGUGGAAUAUUUUCCAUACGAUGAGCAAAUUUGUUUCAUGAAAUUCGGCUCAUGGACGUACAAUGGUGCCCAAGUGGAUUUGAAGCACCUGGACCAGGUGCCUGGCAGUAAUCUUGUUCAGGUGGGCAUCGAUUUAACUGAAUUCUAUUUGUCGGUGGAGUGGGACAUACUCGAGGUGCCGGCAACCAAGAAUGAGGAGUACUAUCCGGACACAUUGGAGCCGUUCUCAGAUAUUACCUUCAAGUUGACCAUGCGACGCAAAACUUUGUUCUAUACGGUGAAUUUGAUUGUGCCCUGUGUGGCAUUAACAUUUCUUACCGUUUUGGUCUUUUACUUGCCAAGCGAUUCGGGCGAAAAGGUUACGUUAUGUAUUUCAAUACUCGUGUCGUUGACCGUGUUCUUCUUGCUGUUGGCCGAAAUUAUACCGCCGACAUCGUUGGCUGUGCCUCUGCUGGGCAAGUAUCUACUCUUUACCAUGAUACUUGUCUCUCUGUCCGUCUGGACAACGGUCUGUGUGCUCAACAUACACUUCAGAUCCCCCUCGACGCACAACAUGUCGCCUUUAGUGCGCAAAUUGUUUCUGCACUUCAUGCCAAAGCUAAUGAUGAUGCGACGCACUCAGUACACACUUCCCGAUUACGAUGACUCCACACCCAGCAAUGGCUACACCAACGAGAUAGAUGUGCGCGACAGCAUCAGCGAUUUUCCCAGCGAGUUCAAAGACAGCCAAGACGGCGCUUACGAUAAUGGCAUGCAGCACUCUGUGGACUUGACAGAUUCCGACAAUGUGAUACCGCGCAACUUAACACCCGAAGUGCUGCAGGCAUUGCGUGCGGUCAGAUUUAUUGCGCAGCAUAUCAAGGAUGCCGACAAGGAUAACGAGAUUGUGGAGGAUUGGAAAUUUGUUUCCAUGGUCUUGGAUCGCUUUUUCCUCUGGCUAUUCACGUUGUCAUGUGUGUUUGGCACUUGCGCCAUCAUCUGCCAAUCCCCCUCGCUGUAUGACACCCGAGCGCCCAUCGACCGCCAACUCAGCGAGAUUCCUUUGCGCAAAAACAAUUUCAUGCUGCCUCCGGACAUUAUCAGGCAGGGUGUUAAUUAAGUAAGAGCGAAAAAGUCUUCAAAAUGCUAUAAAUGCUAAAAAUAAAAAGAAAACGAAAAAUGAAAAACACGAAGCCAGCGACAGCGACAACGCAGCAAGGCCAACAUCAUGGCACCAAAACAGAAAUGGAGCAAAAUUUGUGUCAAGGGUCACAUUCUGCCAUUUGACACAAAAUCUUGAUAAAGUUAACAAUUUAUGGACAAGGGAUUGGGUCAAAUUUAAUGGAAAUUUUAAAAUGUAACCUUUGAACUUUGAAUCAAUCAGUUAACCAAUAUAAGCGACUAGCAAAUACGUCAUACUGUCAGCAAUAUUAUAAAUGUAUUUCAAGUAAAAUAACUAAUCUAAAUGUCAAGUGGAAAGCACAGCACAAUUUGAUAAUAAUAAUAAAUCAAAGAGUUUUUAAAAUUAUAUGCGGUCUUUGAGUUUCUUAUUUAUUAUUCCAUGUAUUUAAAUUUGAAAUUAAUUACUCCGAAUGCCUUUUGGCUUGCUGAAGAUGGAAAAGUCGAUGCUUCAAAGGAGAAUAUGCCAAAGUUCCAAAUCAAUUAUAAAACGAUUUGCAAAACCAAAAUAAAACGUAGGCAACAAUAUGGUGCAAGAGACAUUGCGCAUACGGCACGUUGACUGCCUUAAUAAUUUCGCAAUAUCAUUUAUUUGGCUCAGAGUGUACAGAAUGGUUCUGCUGUAAUGCUCUGACAGUCUGCUGACAUUGAAGUUAUCUGUCUGACUGCCGCAUUAAAUUAGAAAGUUGAAAUCUCUUUGGCCUCACAUUCAUCAACAUGUGCAGUAAGCUAACUCAACCCCGUCCACAAGCAUAAAACAAAGGACUUUCACUUCUCCACUGUCAACAGACAUCAUUUUGCGAGUUUCUUGAGUGAAUACUAUGGAAAUCAACUGAAUUUUACACAAGACUAAUUAAAUACCCUUCCUAAGAAUAGCGUACAAAAAAUAUGUAAUUUUUUUUGACAAAAUAAAUCAUAAAAAUAAUUGAUAUUAAUUAUUGUUGUACUUCAAGUUAAAUAGCUCAAAGUAUCUAAUCAUCUCAUAUAGUCCGUAGUUGCCACUUUGGAAGCGUAUAUAAAUGAUAUUAAGAUUUGCUUAAGGUUCUACACACAGCCAUCUCUUGGCCCCUUUGCCCUGUUGCCCUUUUGCUGUUUCCUGGCUGCAUUUUGCUGUCGUUCUUUUUGUUUUUUUUUGUGUUGGCAGUUUUAAAUUAGAAAA